UUUUUCUAUUUCUUUUUAGGUUGAAUUGGCAAAGCUAAGAAGGAGCAGACAAUCAAGAGCCCACUCCAUAUGCCUCCCCCUUUCAUGGGGAGAUUUUGAAAUCCACUUCAUUCUCUCUCUCUCUCUCUCUCUCUCUCUCUCUCUCUCUCUACAGGUUUAAACCCUUCUCUCUCUCUCUUAAAAAUUAUACCUUUUUUGUAUUGGUAUGAGUUUCUUGAUCUGGGUUAUUGUUUAUCUUGAAUCUUGAAUUUUGUUAGGGCUUUUUUAAGUGGGUUUUAGUGAUUAUAUAUGUUUUUAGUAAUUUUGCUUUGUGGGUUUUGUUUCUUUCUUGUUUUUUUAUUAAAAAGUUUGAAUCUUGGUGAGUCUUUUUGAGUUUUUUGAAUAAAAAUUCAAUAAAAAUUGGUUCUUGUUAUGUUUUCAGAUCCGGGUUUCAUGUGGGGUUUCUCAGAGGUUUGAUUUAUGUAAAAUUUUUUCAUGAAUCACAUUGUAAGUUUAUCAAGAAUCAUGAAUUCUUUGACCUAAAUCAAGACUUUUAAAAAGUCAAAGUUCCCACCUUGAAAAAAAGUCAACAACUUGGGCUCCUAUGGAUGUUGCCAAGAAUGAAAAUGAAUCAUCUUCCAAACUCUGCAACUGUUACAAAGUUGAGAACUUGACAGAAACCAUAUUAAAAACCGACGAAACAUCGAAUUUAAAAGAUCGGUACAUUCUCGGAGCUCAAUUGGGAUGGGGACAGUUUGGUGUAAUCAGAGAAUGCUCGGAUAAAUUAACCGGUGAACUACUCGCUUGUAAAUCGAUUUCAAAAAACCGACUAGUGACUGAUGAAGAUGUAAGAAGCAUAAAACUCGAGAUUGAGAUAAUGACAAGGCUAUCGGGGCAUCCAAAUGUUGUCGAUCUCAAAGCAGUGUACGAGGAAGAGGGUUAUGUUCAUUUAGUUAUGGAGUUGUGUGCGGGUGGUGAGCUUUUUCAUCAGUUGGAACAACAAGGAAGGUUUUCGGAGUCGGAAGCAAGAGUUUUGUUUAGGGAGUUGAUGCAAGUAGUGAGGUUUUGUCAUGAUAAAGGUGUUGUUCAUAGAGAUUUGAAGCCCGAAAAUAUUCUUUUAGCGACGAAAGCUUCCUCGUCGCAGAUAAAGUUGGCGGAUUUUGGUCUUGCUACUUAUAUUAAGCCCGGUCAAAGGUUACAUGGAACCGUCGGGAGUCCGUUUUAUAUAGCUCCGGAGGUGCUUGCCGGCGGUUACAACCAGGCAGCCGAUGUUUGGAGUGCAGGUGUCAUUUUGUACAUUCUUCUUAGCGGUAAACCGCCGUUUUGGGGGAAAACUAAAUCCCGAAUAUUCGAUGCUGUUCGAGCCGCGAAUUUGCGAUUCCAGUCGGAUCCCUGGAAUGGAAUUUCGGAUUCCGCUAAGGAGUUGAUCCGAGGAAUGCUCGAUACGGAUCCUUCCGUUCGGUUAACCGCUCAGCAAGUUCUUGAUCAUGCAUGGACUAACGGUACGAAUGUGAUCGCUAAAUCGUUGCCAAAUCGUGGAGAAUCCGAGCUAGCGGGAAGCUCGUCGUCGGCUUCGUUAUUCAUGGCCCGGAAUGAUGACAUCAGUUUCGGGCUGGGCUCACCGAUUAUCUGCGAAACCUUCAGUUGCAAGUCGUCUUUUUCUUCGUUCCUUGUGGAGCCAGUGACGCCUUUCGUGAACUCUUGCGGGUUCUCAUUUCGUAGCAGUGGCGGGUCGUCAAACGCGCCUCUCGACUUCUGCACACCGAUCCACUCGGUUCACAGUUUUACGUUCUUUGGGCUCGGGCAGGAGACUGAAACCAGUCCUGUUGUAAGCGUAUCGGACCAGGAGACGAGAGAAGCGAAAGAGCAGAAAGCGGUUGAGGUGAAAAGGGGAGGUGGGUCUAGAAUAUGGGUGAGUUAUAACAAGCGGAACAGGACGAUUGGACUCGGAGAGUUUGAGCCGUUGGAUGUGGUGGUUGCGGAAUCGGUUAUCCGUUGGGUGUCGUGCACGCAUCUAUCGACGGCUUUGCGGUCGGAUUUUGUUUGUUGAGGGUUUGUGAAAUUUCUUCCUGAAGUUUGACUUUUUAGUUGACUUUUUAACAUCUUAACUCUCAACAUGUGUAUAUGGUUGUGUAUUUAUUUUAGGUUAAUUGAGCUAUGUGAGUCUAUUAUGAACUUUAUACGGUUUGUUA